AUGGAGGGAAAACUUAAUGUUUUGAUUUUAAGGGAAACAUCCGGACGAUUGUAAAGAUAUAUUUUUAUGAAUUUUACCCUCCUUUAUGUAUUUUAAACUAUGUUAGAGAAGCGAUCGAGUCGGAAGAAUAUUAGUUAUGCAUCAGCAUUUGGAAAUGAAGAUAGUGGUGAUGAAGAUUUUAGACAGACCAAGGCUCCUCCUUCUAAAAGAUCUAAACCUACUGCUGAAGAGAAAUCUAAAAAAUCUAAUUCACAAUCCAGUUCUUCUGGGGAAGGAAAAUCCAAACAAAAAAGGAAGAAAUUGGAUGACAAACUGUUUGAACGAGAACUUAAGUUGGCAAUGGAGAUGUCUAUGCAGGAAAUUGGUACCGGCUUGAAAGAAGAACCUCAGAACAAGGAUGCUAGCGAUUUUCAAGACACCCCAGUGAAGAAUUCUGCAUCAGAGCGAGUUGAGUCUUUGAAAUUAUCUCGACAUGACAUCCAUUCACCACCAAAAUCUCCUUCCCACGUGGCUCCUCCAUUAUUGCACAAAGAAAUUGAAGAAUGCAUCCCUAAGAAUUCUGUUAAACAAUCUGCCAUGCCUUCUCUUCCUCGUGCCCCAGCUAUGAGGGGUCCAUCUGAUGAAAUAGAAUAUCUAGGUACAGUUACUGAUGAAGAAGAAUCAAAAAACAGUGUCCGGCUUCGGAGAACAUCAGGUCGAACAGCGCGGAAAAAAAUUCAGAUAGAACCAGACUCCAGUGAAGACGAAGCAAAUUCUGAUUUUCAAGAAGAGGAAGAAGAAGAUGAAAGUGAUGAAGAAUUCGAAGAAGACUGUGACUAUGGCAAGAAAUCUACGAAAAGAAAUAAGAAAACAGCAAAAAAUACAAAGACAAAAAAAGAUAUAAAUAGUGUAAAUAAGAAGUCAACAACAGCAAAACGAAAACAAACUGUCAAUAAAUCUCCAUCGUCGUCCAAAAGAGGAAAUCCAGACAAUAGUAAAAGUACACCUUCGGAACCUUCAAGUUCAGUAGAGUCCCAUAAGAGUACGAACACAGAUACGACCAAAGUAGCAACUACAUCUGGGAAAUCUCAACCCUCAGUGCCUUCACUUAUUUCAGUUAAAAAGCCUUUAGUGACACAAUCUCAAAUAUGUAAUUUGAGUCCAUCCUUAUCAUCAAAGUUACCCAUUAAACAACCGAUAUGGAAUCCUCCUGGUAAAGCCACUAGCAGCACUUCCUCUCUGAAAGUCACCUCUCCGUCUGGUGGAAUCCGUAUUGGUCUUUCUCGUAACCAAAAAGUAAAAUCCCUACAUCCAACAGUGAAAGCACAGCAUUGAUGGAAUAUGUACACACAUACACAUGUGUGUGUGAAUAUAUACAUACAUACAUAUGUACGUAUGUACAUAUGUAUGUGUUUGUGUGUACAUACGUACUUCCACUAUAUUGCAGUUCAGUGAGAAGUUUUCUUUGUUGAUUAUUCAACAGAGCUGUUUAUAUUUUGUAAAUAUACAGUAAUAUAUUGUUAUAUAAUGA